GUCACACACGUCCAUUUUACUUUCAUUUAACCAAACGUUUUCAAUAUUAGUAUUGUCAGCAAACAAAACUACGUGAAAUCAAUACCCUACGCUUCAUGUUAGAUCGAUAUCCUUUUUAACUUUGAAUCUCUGAUUUGAAAACAUUUUGUCCUUCUUUUGUUCGUAUUGUCUCUUCACUAGGAAAAUAUUCUUUUGUCAUUCUUUCUUUUUGUCGCUCUUUUUUGCCUUUUUGUUUCUUUUUUUGUAUUUGAAUCCUUCUUUUUAUUUUUUUUUGUUAGUUUUUCCCUUCAAACUUCUGUCAUUGUUUAUGGUUUAGGGACUUUGUCAAUUUCCUUUGUAGAGGUAAAGUACAUAUUAUUAUCAUUUUCUUUCUUUUUUGAAUGUUCCCUGAAAAUUCCCCUGAAGAUGGUGUGUCUUUGAUUCGUAAGAAGAGCAGUUUUUGGAAAAGACUGAGUCAAGACUUUGGACCUGAAAAGCCAAGGAGAUCAAGACAUGUGCCAAGUUAUUCAAUUUCCGACUUUCCCAGCGAUUUACACCCAACACGAGUUGCUCCAGAGCCUCCUAAAGGAAGGUUUACCCAAUAUGCCCGUCGGUUCAGUAAUCGUGUAAAAAACCUAUUUUCCAAAAAAAAUCCACCCUCCGGACAUUCAAGUCCUUCUUCUAAUACUUUUUUUCAAAACAAUAAUCAUCAUCGACUUCCUGUACAAACAGAGAUUGUACCAUCGCCAACUGAUUUGGAUUGGAAUUACCAAGUUCAUACAUCUAAUAGACCGACUAUGGAGAGAACAUAUACAAGGGGGCAUUUUCCAAGAAAGAAGUCCUUUCAUAUUGGUCGUUCUCGUUCUUUGAACAUUCGACCUGAUUCUACCUCUAUUUCUUUCCCGCUACAUCUGUAUAAAGAAGAGAGCAAUCCGAGGUCAGCUCUACCGAGCCGGACUUCAGCAAGUUCCACCUUUUCCUCCAUGCCUAGUGCGUCCUUGGACAAUGAGUCACUUCAAUUUCCUCCAAUAGAGUAUCUACACACAUUACCCAAUCGAAAAACGGAGGGCUACGUGUCUAUUUUAAAUCGAAGAAGUGUUCCUACUUCCCCUGCGUCUUUAAAUUUUGGUGAAUGGGACACAACUCCUCUUGCUAACAUUCAGGAAAGGUCUACAGACUGAUGCCUCAAAGGUAGCCUGAGUGUUGGUUUGACUUGGGUAUUCUAAACGAAAUUGACCGUUCUAUUGUUUCUAUAAUCUUUAACAUAAAAAUUCAAAAUCUAUUCAUAAAGUUGGAUAUGAACCUAAGCUUUCUCUUUGGACUUAAAUUUUGUUGGGUAGUAUACAUUGGACCGAUUCCUUGUUACGAUACCCGUGUCAGCGCAUAGAAUAUGGUGUACUAUUAUUUUUAUUCUUAAGAGAAACGUGAUACUUUCAUUUUAUUCUGAGUAUUACAUUGUGUUUUACUGAUAAUAUGAGAUAUUUAUGAACAGGUUUUCAUUAAUUGCCGUUGAAUGUGAGAUCUGCAGGUUUCUAAUAUUACCGUUCUAAAUUGCGAAGUUACCUUUUAAGAGGCAGUAUGAAUGAUUGCACAUAUAUGAGCUGAAAUGAACCCUACGUGGUUUUUCAUAAGAUUGAAAAUUCAUUCAUAAGUUUUGGAUAUCUCGCUGCUAAUGUUUAUUGAAAGACCUUACAGGAAGCUGUAAGGUUUCUAUUGUUUUAUUUAUGCCCCGUCAGAAAAAUUACUGGAAAUAGUUAUUUAAUUUCCAAGGAAAUAUUCUUGCACUAAACACCUGGUUUCAUUUUGCGGGUAGCAAAAUAGUUUUACGGUAGCCAGGAUCAAUAGAAUUCCAAAGCGCUUGGUUACAAUUCCCUUCUAUACCAUGAGAAUGGAGGAAUAAUCAUGGAUAGACGUUCUUGAAUCGUCAAAAUGUACAUAAUGGUUCCUAAAAACACUCCUUUACUAAUUGUCGGCGGACUCUUUUAAUUUUAAUAAUUUUCGUCGACCUGAUUAAUGGUUACGCUUUUCUUUGCAGCUAAAAGUAAUUCUACGUCUAAUCUCUGCAAUGAAUUGGCAUCAAUCAUUUAAUCUUAUAUUUUUAUAGACGGCUAUUUUUUUUUAGAAAAAUCAGCUUUAAUUCAUUUUAUUAACACUCGUA